AUGCUGAAGGCUGCCGGUGUAUUGAGUACGGAAAAGCGCUACGGUGCCGGGGGUAACAAGAGCGCACAUUCAGGCGGAGUCUUGUCGGCGAGAAAGCUGGAAGAAGCCGACGAUGUGGGCACUAUUGUAAAGGUUGACAAGAGUUUGAGUAAGGCAAUUAUGCAGGCUCGUACGGCCAAAAAGCUUACGCAGAAGGAGCUCGCCACGGCGAUCAACGAAAAACCACAAGUAGUGGCAGAAUAUGAAUCGGGCAAGGCGAUUCCCAACCCACAGAUCAUUAGCAAGCUAGAGCGCAAGCUAGGUGUCAAGCUG